AGACGGAGUCGCUAAUUCCACUUGAUUCUAUUUACGUUCAGCAAUACACCGUGUGUUUACCUAGGUACCUAGGUACCCGGGUACCUGGGUAACCUUUAUCAUGUCCGGUACAAAAGUACCUAUGUACAUAGUAGUCACGGUGACGACCUUGGUGAUAUAUUGUCUACCUACCUGAUUACUUAGGUAGGUAGACGAAAACACAACACACUUUUUAAAUUUCUUCCUUCAUACACAAACAACUUUUCCUUCUUCUUUCUUUUUCGUGCUCGUCAACGAACAUUCAUUUUUCCCACAUUACAACCCAAAUUCUCGAGACACGACCGUGAGCAUCCACAUUUCUUUCUCUUCACCUAUUCUUGCAUUAACGUGUCUACUCUAGCCAAUUUAUCGUAGCCAUGGAGUCGAACGUCGAUAAACCGGUCGAUACCGACCCCAACCCGCAUACUCCUACUAAGGGCGAGGAGGCGAAUGCAAAGUCGUCACCCAGGACAGCCCCAGAGACCACGGCAAUGGGAAAGCCACCCACGCCAAAGGCCGAAAAGGCCGACCCGCUACCGAAGGCUGACCUGGAGCCAAAGACCACGGCCGAGCCCAAGCCUGAGGCGCCGCUCAAGGUAAAGAAGACCGAAAAGUCAACACCUGAUGAGGUCCUUAUUGACGAUAACCAGCAGGCCGCUCUAGAAACAGGUCUUCCUGGUAGUCCUACUGGCAAUUCGCAAACUAUUGCCACACCUACCGAAGACCAAGCCUUCCCACCUUCACCUCUUCAUCCUCAUCCUCAUCCUCAUUCUCCAAUUCCCACCACAACACCUCUAUCUCCCCAUCCACAUACAAGUGCUGCUACGGCACCUGUAUCUCCAUCUUCAUAUCCAUAUUCACAUUUUCCUCCAACUCCUACUGUAUCGUCUCUCACUUCUUCACCUUCGCCCUCACCUUCACCCCCCACUAUUGCACCUGCAGUCAAUCAGCCUAAUACUUUGGCAACCACUGACAGCAGCCCAAGUCCUGCGAUGGCAGAGAAAGAUCCUCAGAAAAACCCCCCCAUGCCCGGGGUACCGGAGGCACCGCAGGCACCGUCGGGUCCACCUACGGCUGAACGCGGACGCGGUCGCGGCCGUGGCCGUGGUCGUGGCCGUGGCCGAGGAGCUCCUGUCUCUAGACGACAGGAAAGACCCCCUCUACACCCGGACGAUAUCGGAAACUUUCCGGGCAUGCCAGUAGCUGCUGGUCCUGGCCGGAUUUUUAUUAGACGCGGAGGUGGAACCAGUACAGUGCAGAAAAGGAAGUUGAGUGAUGAAGAGGCAGAAGAGAAUGCCGAGAAGAAGACCGAGGCAGAGGGUACUAGCAAGAGCAAGAAGAUGCGAACUGAGGCAGCUCAAUCGUCUGAACGUCAAACUAACGCCCAAGCCAGCCCCAGCUUCGGCCCUCAGACCAACCCCCAAGCUGGCCCCAGCUUCGGCCCCAGCUCUAUCUCCAACUCCGGCCCCGGCUCUAUCCCCAACUACGGCCCCGGCUCUAUCCCCAACUCUGGCCGCGCUCUAUACGACAAUUACCUCUACUUUGACUCAUUUAACACCCUCCCCAUGACGUCUCGUGCCAAUCUUAUCGAUUUCUGUCAACGAUUGCCUGAUAGCGCAUUCCGUAGACCCGAGCCCAGGGCUGCUCUGCCAUCGGUAUCGGAAGUAGGAUCGGACGUAAGUCGUCUAAGCGUGUCACCUGUUGGACACGACCCGAUGGGUCAUGGUCCCUUUAGGCCGCCUUCCUCUAGCCCCGAUCCAAGUUAUCCAGCUGUUCGAGAUGGUAGACUCUCUGCCCUUGCCUUGAGUAGGCCUGGAUCUACAGUUGGUAUGUCAAACAUGUCUGCGGAGGGCACUUAUCGCUCGGGAAAUUCUGCUCAAGGAUUCAACGUGCCUAAUCAGGCUACGCAUCCCUCUGCGCAUCCCAACAGAGGUCCGAUUCCCAAUGCCCCUACUGCAGCUACACCUGCAUAUCAGUCUCCCGCAUGGAACACAGCCAGUUCGGUCUCUUACCUUGGUAACCCAAACCCUUCCAUGCACACCCAUAGGGUUCAGAGUUACUCGAACCAACCUAUGGCUCGACCGAUGGCCCAGCCUGUGGCUCAACCAAUGACCCAGCCUAUGACUCGAGCUCCUAUCCAACGUUCGUCCCAACCUGACAGUCAACAUCCGGGUCAGUAUGCUCCUCAAUAUCCGGGUCAGUAUGUUCAACAUCCGGGUCAGUAUGCUCCUCAACGUACGGCUCAAUCGCAGCCCCGACCCACAGCUCAACCUAUGAUUCGACCUGUGGGCCAGCCUACAGCCCAAGCUACAACCCAACGUUCGUUUCAACCUGGUAUUCAACGCAUGAGCCAGAAUGCUCCUCAGCGUGUGGUUCAAAAUGAUGUUUGGCCUACGGCUCACCCUACACCUCGAGCUACGAUUCAACCCACUCGUCGAGCUACGGGCCAGUAUGCUCCCCAGCAUACGGGUCAACCUGCACCUACCCCUCGAGCUAUUGGCCAACCUACCCCUCGAGCUAUGGGCCAGCCUAUUCCUCAAGCUGCGGCUCACCCUACUGCUCGAGCUAUUAUUCAGCCUAGAACUGUAGCUGAGGUUCAAGCUCGGGAUCUACCCACGGUUAAGCCCCGGUCUCUGAAUGAAGCUGUACUUGCUCUUCAGCGUACGGCUCAGCCGGAUAUCCAGCCGACUCCUCAAAUUCGCAAAUGCAAAAUCUGCCGAAAGAACUUCGACCAGAAUAAGAGAGAAAAGUGCCCGGACAAUCGAGGUAAGUGCAGUUACACCUAGUAUUCUAAUAUAAGCAUUACUAACAUACAUAUUUAGUACAUCGCGGCACGCUUAUGACUGGUCAUGUAGAGACUCUGAAUCCUUGGACACAGGAAACAGACUAUCGAGAAA